UGCUCAUUUUGACUUGGAAAUUGCAGACUUGAACGCGAGCUAGAAACGAGCCGCCUGUAAGAGUUGUCAUGUAGUUUUUAUCCCUGGUAAAAGUGGAGAGAGCUGAUGAAUUGUUUCCUGCCGCAGUAGUGACCGGAUCCUCUUCUCUUUCAUGGCCUGUAGUUGUGCACAAUGAAAACUUGCAGCAAAUCACCUAUCAUACUGCUGGAGUUGAUGUACAUCACAUUACUCCCAGUUCUUGAGGCACAAAAAGUCAAAGUCUGGCCUGAAGUGACUGGAUACCUCGGGCAGGAUGUCACCCUGCCAUGCCACUUUAUCCCAGGAUCAAAAGGCGAAAAUGUUACUCAGGUUCAGUGGGAUCUGAAUCCACCACAAGGAGAGAAACUGAACAUUAUUGUUUCUAAUGGGAACUAUGGAGUUGCUGCUCAAAAUACAUUUCUGAAGGAGAGAGUGGACAUUAAAGAACAAUCCUUGAUAAUUAGACAAGUGGAAAUGAGAGAUGCAGGGUCAUACACCUGCAACAUUGCAGCCUUUCCUAGUGGUUCAUUUGAAGGAAACACCAACCUUGUUGUUCAAAAACAGAUGCCGUUAUCACCAAAGAUGGUUUCUGCAAUAGUGAUUGCAGUCAUGUUGCUGUUAUUGAUCAUGGCCACCAUAACUUACCUCAUCUUCAUCAGAAGACUUCAUUCUUCGGUCAGACACCGUGUCCACAUUGAUACAGGUGGUUCAGUGAUUGAUGUGGCCAGGCCACCUGUUAUUGAGGAGGAUGUGGUCUACUCUGACAUCAAGCUCAUAUCAUCCCGAGAUGCCACACCUUCAUUCAAUGACAAACACACAGAGACAGCUCGUGCUGAUGAUGUCACAUAUUCAGAGGUUGUAGUUUUGCACCAGCAGCCCAAAUGAUAUGAAAUGUAUGUAUUCUAAGGUGAUGUUGAAGCUGUCUUUCUUAUAUUUGCUGAUGACAAAAGAAAUAACAGCUGCUGUGUGCAAGUUGCAUUUACCAUAAUUUUGGUAUCAUAACUCUAACUGCUUAACUGCAUAACUGCUCCUAAAAUAAAACCUAACCUUUCUGGCUGCUCCAGGCCAUCUAUUGAUGUUCUCAUAUAACCUUUUUCCAUGGGCACGUUUCAAGCCAAGCAGUGAUGAUGUGUUUCCACUACAGCCUCAUAGCAGGUGAAACAGCAUAAAGGAAAUGCAAUAUGUUUAUCACCAAGUUAACAGAGACUACAGUCUGCAGCCAUGCUCACAGUUGCACUCUGUCUGCACUUGAGCUAAAUGCUCACAUCAGCAUGCUAACAUGCUUAAUGAUACUGCUAGCACAUUGAUGUUUAGCAGGUAUAAUGUUCACCAUCGGAUGGCAUAUAAGCAUACGAACAUUUUUUAAUUACUCCUAAACACUAAGUACAGCUGAGGCUGAUGGAAAUGUCAUUCAAUUUGCAUGUAUUUGGUCAUAAACCAAGCUGUUGGACAAAUUUUGACCUGAUGUCAGGAGAUCAAAGUUUUUCCAAUACAUCUUCUGGGGGCCGUUAAUGCCUGUUCCAAAUUUCACAGCAAUCCAUCAAAUAGCUGUCAAGAUAUAAAGAACUAAAAGUGUAAGCUGAUGGUGGCCCUAGAGGAAAGGUCAGAGGAUCGCCAAGGCCAGCAGGCUUCAUCCUCUGGGGACUGUGAGUGUCUGUACCAUAUUUCUUGGCAAUCCAAUGUUUUUGCAGGCAAUUUCUCUCAUGUAAUGUUCUAGUUACGGAUGUGUUAGGCAAAAAUAUUAUCUGGCUCCAAUGACCUGCUGUGUUUUGACUGUGGCCAAGAUAACUAAACAUUAUGAGUAGAUCACACAACAAUUGUGUUCCUUCUUUGCUGGCCAUCAAAGGAGGAAGACAAAAUAAGAAAAAUGUAAAAAUACACAAUCAAGAGGGAACUAACUCCUGGGUAGCAUGUGAUGGCAAGAGCUGAAGGCCUCUGGGACUUUAAAUAUAAUGCCAAACUUGCAUUACAAUUAUCUUUCUAGAUUCUAAUUUUAUUGUGAUUUAACUACAUUGGACAUAAUGUUGUGUGGUUUCAAAUUCCUACUUGUUCUUUCCUAAUCCUGCUUAUUUCUUCACACUUACAAACCUGUGCAGCAGCUUUAAAACAAAAACAAGAAUUGCAUACUUUAUGUAUUCCAAUUUGGUAAUAGUUUAAGUAUUACAUCCUGCCCUGUAUUUUGUCUGCUUUGGGUCUGAACUUUGCUCAGUGUCAAUGGCAGAAUCCUGUAUGCAGAUGUUACGGUCUGAUAAUGCCAUAUGUGGAAAAGGUGACAAAAUAUAGUUGGUUUGUUUGCAAAGUUGCUGUAGUAGUGCACACCAUCUCUGAACAAUACCAUCAGAGAUUUAAGUGUCUGCGAGCAGCAUUUCCUGACAGUGCGAUUUUGUGGGUGUGAGAUUUUGUCUGCUCACUUUGUGUUGUCAGAAGAUAAGCAGUUUUUUUUGUUGUGUAGAAAUGCAAACAAACAAAAAGCGCUCAUGUACCUUAUAUUGAAAGUCAGUGCGUGGAACAAUCAAAGUAAUACAUUUGAGAUAUGUCAGUGGUGUUGCUUGUUGCUUAUCAACUCAUGCAGACAAGUGGAGAGAUGGACAGAAUCAACAGUGCACAGUUAUGUACAUUUUAUCUACAUUUGCUUUAAAACAAAACUUUUUGUUUGUUGCUUAAUAAAAUUCUUCAUUUUCACAGA